AUGCUAACGGUGACCUUGAAGGACAACCCUCUCCACACCUCCCUCUUCCCACCUUACGUCGAUUCUAGCGUUGAGUUCUCGUUUCUGUUGAACUCGUGUCUGGAUGUAUUUGAGAUACGCCAGAAGCAAACCUCGGUUGAUCAGGACCUAGGCCUGUUACAUGCUGUGGAUGAGCGAUUAGCAGCAUAUGGCUGGCUUACUACGACCGGAGUGAAGUUGCUCGUGGUUGUGGACUUGAUCGGACAGCCAGACUCUUCGAAGAGCGAAGGCCACAAAGUUUCUUCCGCAAAUGGUGUGAAGGAAUCGGAUCUGAGGCCGGUACGCGUACAGUUGUUCAUCCGGCCAGAGAAUCCUCGGAAACCUUCGAACUAA